UGUAUCCAGAGCCGUGGGCUUGUUUGGUUUAAAUGUUGUUUGCUGUGUUUAAGACUUGACUCAUGGAGCUCCUACCCAUCCUCAGCCCAGAAGACACACCCAGAGAAAAGCAAUGGUAUGCUUUGGUGCCCAGAGGUGAAGCACCCGGAGUCAGCGUAGGCCACACCUGCGCAUUCAUACCUUCAUGCAGUGGCGGUAAAGGAAGCAUUGUGAUUGUUGGAGGAGCCAAUCCUAGUGGCAGUUUUCCACAUUCCUACCUUAUUAAUCUUGACAGUCAUGAGUGGGACAUUCCUGAGUGGGAAGGUCUACAGGCCAGAUACGAACACUGUAGCUUCGUUCCCGAAAGUGACCCCACUAGCCUGUGGGUGUUUGGAGGGGCUGAACAGAGUUCCAACCGUAACUCUGUUCAAGUGCUACACACUACAGACAGGGGUCCCUGGAGGACCGUGGAUACGACAGGGACGCCGCCGAGCCCGAGGACGUACCACACUAACUCGGCAUGUAUCGAAGACAGACUGUUUGUCUUUUCUGGAGGGGAGACGGGGGCCAUGCCUGUUAUCGAUCCCCGAGUGCACGUAUUCGACGCAGUUACCAGUUCAUGGUCACAACCAGAGACCAAAGGAAAGCCACCAUGUCCGCGACAUGGUCAUAUAGUUGUCGCAGUUGGGUCAAUGAUCUACAUCCAUGGAGGGAUGGCUGGAGAAAAGAUCCACUCUGACUUGUUCGCUCUGGACACUGAGAAUAUGAAAUGGGAGCGAGUGAAGGCUAAAGGAGAUGUUCCUCCUGGAACAGCAGCGCACUCAGCUGUGGCUUUACAGAGAAAUAUUUACAUCUUUGGAGGGAUGACAGCGGAGGGAGCGAGCAAUUCCAUGUACAGGUUCCAAACUGACAAACGUUGGACUGCAAUGAAGUUUGAAGGUGACCCACCACCUAAUCGACUGGACCACUCGAUGUGCGUCGUACCUUGGCUGAAAAGGACAGACGCUAACGAAGAGGAGGGAGCAGAAGGCCGUGAGGAAGAAAUAAAGCAUCUGUGCUUCGUUUUCGGAGGGAUGGACACUCAGGGGGUCAUAUUUAACGACUGUCUGGUCACUCUGAUCACAUGAUUACAUUCUGUAUCUUGUCUCUUUUAAAAAAAAAAUACAUUACAAAACUGAUUUUA